AUGGCCGACAUGGAGUAUGAGAACGAGAACGAUCGUGCGUCGCCGCAGGACGCCAAUCGCGCUGCUCGAAACCGCAGCGCUUCCCCCAAUGGCCGAGCUGAACGUAACGAAGGAGCCGAUACUCGGAUGAAAAACACUGAGGAGGAAGAAGGAGCUCAGAACACAGGCACCAACUUGUUUGUAACUGGCAUCCAUCCUCGUUUGAGUGAAGCAGACGUGAUUCGUCUCUUCGAGAAAUAUGGUGAAGUGGAAAACUGCUCUAUCAUGCUUGACCCUCACACCAAGGAGUCGCGUGGAUUCGGUUUCGUGAACAUGGUUACUCCAGACCAAGCAGAGGCGGCCAGAGAGGGUCUACAGGGCGAGGUCAUUGACGGACGCACCCUCAGCAUCGAGAAGGCUCGCCGUAGCCGUCCCAGGACUCCUACACCCGGCAAAUACUUUGGUCCUCCCAAGCGUGAAGAAAUCCGUGGACCAAGUCGCGGCGGUCGAUUCGAUCGCUAUGAUGACCGUCGCGUGACCGCAGCAGUCGUCGUGAUUAUCGCGAUGAUUACGGCCACCGAGGCGUCGAUCGCUACGCUACAUCAGGCCGUGACGAUAGAUACGGAGGAGACCGUGGCGACCGUGGAGACCGCGGUGAUCGAGGCGACCGAGGUGACAGAGCCGACAGAGGUGACCGUUCAGAUCGUGGUGACCGCCGAGGUGACCGAGGUGACCGCCGUGGUGGAGGUGGAGGAUAUUAUGACCGAGAUGAUGCUCGCGCACAAUCUGCUUCGGCUUACGCAGAUGCCCCUUCCCAUCGUGAGUCUCAUGAGCCUUCUGGCAGUCGAGCUUAUGAUAACCGUUGGGACGAUAGAUCCGGCCCCCGCUAGGUAG